GGCGCUCGGCGGCGGCGGGGGGCGGCUCGCCCGCGCUCGGUCCCCGCACCGAGCCCCGGCGAAUGGCAUGACUCUGCCAGCCGCCCGCCCCCCCGCCCCCCCGGCUGCGGUGUGCCGUAGUGAGGCGAGGGGUGGUUAAACCCCCAUCCUCCCAUACAUACGGCUUUUAUUUUUUGUUCCUUUUCGUCUCGGGGCUUUCGCAUCACGGAACAGGAAAGCAUCUGAUGCGCCGGCUCACAUGCCACUUCUGAUCAUACAUUGCCUCCUUGCACAGAGCAGGAUCGUUGGGAAAGAUGGAGAUACAAUAAGUUGCUAGUACCGAAAAGUGCUGCGGAAAUCCAGUGGUUUCCUUUCUCCAGUUUUGCAAAGAGCAGCGAUGAAGAGGAAACUGGCACUCUCCGAGAUGCAGUUGGUUCUUCUCGUUUUAUUGGUGUGGCUACCAACGAGAUCGGUGCUGGCUGACUCCCUGGAAGACGAAGCUAAGAAUAACAUCACCAUCUUUACAAGAAUUCUAGACAGACUUCUGGAUGGUUAUGAUAAUCGCCUCAGACCUGGAUUAGGAGAUAGUAUUACUGAAGUCUUCACUAACAUCUAUGUGACCAGUUUUGGACCUGUGUCAGAUACUGAUAUGGAGUACACGAUAGAUGUGUUCUUCCGUCAGCGAUGGAAGGAUGAGAGAUUAAAGUUUAAAGGCCCAAUGAAUAUUCUUCGACUGAACAACCUAAUGGCCAGCAAAAUCUGGACUCCAGAUACAUUUUUCCACAAUGGGAAGAAGUCAGUGGCUCAUAACAUGACAAUGCCAAACAAACUUCUACGAAUCCAGGACGAUGGGACACUCUUGUACACCAUGAGGCUUACAGUCCAAGCUGAAUGUCCAAUGCACUUGGAGGACUUCCCUAUGGAUGCUCACUCGUGCCCACUGAAAUUUGGCAGCUAUGCAUACACAACUUCAGAAGUGACAUACAUUUGGACUUACAAUGCUUCAGAUUCGGUGCAAGUGGCACCAGAUGGCUCAAGACUGAAUCAGUAUGAUCUUUUAGGCCAAACAAUUGGAAAAGAGACAGUUAAGUCAAGUACAGGUGAAUAUACAGUAAUGACGGCUCAUUUUCACUUGAAGAGAAAAAUUGGUUAUUUUGUCAUUCAGACUUACCUCCCCUGUAUCAUGACUGUCAUUCUGUCUCAAGUGUCAUUCUGGCUGAACAGAGAAUCUGUACCUGCCAGGACAGUCUUUGGAGUAACAACUGUGUUGACAAUGACAACACUGAGCAUCAGUGCUCGAAAUUCACUCCCCAAAGUAGCAUAUGCAACAGCUAUGGAUUGGUUUAUUGCUGUUUGCUAUGCAUUUGUAUUCUCUGCAUUAAUUGAAUUUGCAACUGUAAAUUAUUUCACAAAACGAGGAUGGGCCUGGGAUGGAAAAAGUGUAGUGAACGAUAAGAAAAAAGAAAAAGCAUCUGUCAUUAAGAAAAACAAUGCCUAUGCAGUGGCUGUUGCCAACUAUGCUCCAAAUAUUACCAAGGACUCAGUGCUACCAACCAUCUCCAAGAGUGCUACAACUGCAGAACCCAACAAGGCAAAACCAGAAGCGAAGCCACAAGAAGCAAAGAAGACAUUCAACAGUGUUAGCAAAAUUGACAGAAUGUCUAGAAUAGUGUUUCCAGUCUUAUUUGGUACUUUUAAUUUAGUGUACUGGGCUACAUAUUUAAACAGGGAGCCCGUCUUACUUGGCUUUGCACCAUCAACCUAAAAGCUGACUUGCACUGAGGACUUCAAGCAUCAUUCUAAUCAGAUAGGUUGUUCGCUAUGUACAGUCCGACUAAUAACUGCUAAUCUGUGAACCAUUCUGUACAGUGUGUAUAUAAAUGUCUUGUCUGUGUGUCUCCAAAGGAGGGACACAGCGUUAAUUCAUGGGUCUGUAAACAGAUAGCACCCAUGGCAAAUACAGCCAGCUCUUUAAAAGUUAAACCCAGGGGACUUCUGUUAAACUAGGAUUCAAAUAUACAGAAUUAUAUUCUCUCCGUACAAUGAGAUGAAGAUGUGAUCCUACAUAAUUAUUUAGGAGCAGUAUUUUUUUAAUUUAAAGUUAAAAUAUUUUUCUAUAAAGUAACUAAUUCUACUUUAGUGAAAGAAACUGUCAUUUAAAAAAAGUGAUUUUUUUAAAAAGGUGUAAUUGUUUCAUACAAUAGCAGUACCCAUGUACAUAACAGAGUACGGAGGUCGUAGAGUUCUGCUCUUCAAAACAUUCUGGAUACAAGUUAGAUUAAGGAGGUAGUAAACACUCUACUGUAUGGCAAAAUCCACAAGUUUCUUACUUCUGUCCUCUUUGAAGUUGUUAAUAAAUACAUCUAAUUGAUUUCAGGGAAAAGGGUAAAUCAAAUUCAAUAUCAACCAACUUCUGCUAGUGAGAUACUUAUUUUUUCAGUGUUUAUUUAUUUGAUAUUACUAAGCUGGAUUGUCUGGUUCAGCAAAGCUGGAUUUUUUAAAAUUAUUAUUUUUGAUUUUGUUCUUAAUUGAAUUAUUUUCAGGUUUCUAGAAUCACGCAGAAAUUUUUCAGGUUUAAGUUUAUCAGUAAUACAGUAUAAUUUUUUUCUUUGUUUAAUGUUUUCCUAAAUCCUGCCAUUACAAUAUUUACCUGUAUUUGUCCCAGGAAGCACUGUUUUCAAGGGAAACAAGAACCAUGAUUUAAGUUCAGGAAUAUGUCCAUAUAAUAAAAUUUACUGCUGCUUUUGUAAAUUGCAACUUUACAUUUCGCUGACAUAACUUUACAACAACUUUGUAUACUAGAAAUGAUUUUGCUAAGAUUUGAAUGUUAUUUUUUUAAUAAAAGGUCAUGCAUCAUCAGUAGGCAUCAACUGUAUUUCAUACACACAAAUAUAACAAAAUUGGAUCUGCCAUUGGCAAUUUUAUAAGAACAUUUAAUACUAUCAGUAAAAUUGUUUUUCUUCUGAGCCUUUGCAAAGAUUCUUUAUGCCCCUAAAGGCCUGGUAAAUCAUAGAAUAAAUAAUAACUGUGUACUGUAUUUAGAUUUUAGUAUACUUGGCCAAUCAAAAAUAUUUUGAUUCACACAUACAUUAGCAGUUAUUAGUUGACCUUUAAAAAAGAAACACCUUUAUGAUGAUGUCUUCUAGUAGAGACAUAUGUAGUCGUAUAGUGUCAUUUAUUGCAGUUUUGUACAGUAACUUGAGUAUAGUGCAUAAAAUAGAUAUGUUCAGAGUUUAAAAAAAGUUGUACAAAUAUUUCUAAAAUCAAAUAAAAGAGUAUCUUAAGACA